AUGGGGAAUCAAGUUGGGAUCAUUGCCCAACUCCGCCAGCAACUCGCUGCGGAUCGGAGGGUUGAGAGUCAUGAGAGAGAAGAGCUCCACAGGAGACGACCACAACGGCUCCUCGACAGGUGCAAAAAGGACGGGCAGUGGCAACUGGAAGGAAAAGCAGUGAAGACGCAGAUGAGACCACCGACGGCGAGGCGUUUGGGGCACAACGCAGGACGUUGCAGAGAGGCGCCGUGUUCAGUCCGUCGCCACGCGAUGCUGUGCCAUGCCACGUGGAGGCCUGAGGGCCUCGUCGCGUGCCGUAUGUCCAGUUCACCUCAGCAUGGGGCUGGGAACUGGGCGUCGCCAGUCAAUCACGGCCGCCGCAGCCAUCGUCGAUGCCGCCACAGUCUCACGAAGAUUGCCAUGGCAGCAGCGUGGGCUCGCGAGCGGCAUUUCCAGGCGCUCUUAUGUUUGUGCUGCCUCUCUAACCCCCAGCUGGGCCCGAGCACAAUGCCAUGGGCCAGUGGCAGACGGCGGAUACGUGCCUGGCAAUUGGCGAGUAAUAUCUCGGGAGCGAGAGCUGGAGCCUUGGCUCAUGCAGAGCGAGCUCGACGCUGGCACCGAGGGUAG